GCGACAAGUCCCGCUAUGUCCACAACACCAAAUGGCGACAUGACAACUACAGCAGAAAACACAGCGACAAGUUCCGCUAUGUCCACAACACCAAAUGGCGACAUGACAACUACAGCAGAAAACACAGCAACAAGUCCGCUAUGUCCACAACACUGACUAGCGGCAUGACAACUACAGCAGAAAACACAGCGACAAGUUUCGCUAUGUCCACAACACCAAAUGGCGACAUGACAACUAUAGCAGAAAACACAGCGACAAGUCCCGCUAUGUCCACAACACCAAAUGGCGACAUGACAACUAUUGCAGAAAACACAGCAACAAGUCCCGCUAUGUCCACAACACCAAAUGGCGACAUGACAACUAUUGCAGAAAACACAGCAACAAGCCCCGCUAUGUCCACAACACCAAAUGGCGACAUGACAACUACAGCAGAAAACACAGCGACAAGUCCCGCUAUGUCCACAACACCAAAUGGCGACAUGACAACUAUUGCAGAAAACACAGCGACAAGUCCCGCUAUGUCCACAACACCAAAUGGCGACAUGACAACUAUUGCAGAAAACACAGCGACAAGUCCCGAUAUGUCCACAACACCGACUAGCGGCAUGACAAUUACAGCAGAAAACACUGUGACAACUGCUGCUACUGAAAAUAUGUCCACAACUGGAUCAACACAACCUCCUGCAGUGUCACCAAACAACACAGUGCAAACUCUUGAGACAGACAUUGAUAGAACUCAGUGUGGAUCUGACCAGCUGUGUGUAGCUGAGCCCCCUAAGUGUGAUCCCUCUGCAACAGUAUCCUGCUUCUUCCUUGGUGCCAAGCGGCAAAGUGGUCAGAAUUUUUUUUUUGAACUCUCAGGGGAGUCAGAUGGCUACAUAGCAGCAACUAUAACAGAUGGCAAUACAAAGGGAGAUCCGACCUAUAUCUGUGCAAAGAGCAAAGGUCGAGUCCAAUUCAUUGGUGCGCUCCUCAAGAAUGGUGUGCUUACUCCUUCAGAGCUCAGUGUGAACUCUGUGAAGGGCAAAAUCACAGGCAAACGAAUUCAGUGCAGCUUUCUUGCCACAGUUCCAGAUCCAAGGACCCGAACGACAGGCAUCAGGCUUUCAGUUUCCACAGGAGAUUUUAAUGAAACUGAUGAAUCCCUGGGAGCUGCAACACCUGUAAUAAAAACCGACCCAGUAGACCUGGGAAACCCUAACAUCACUGUCACCAAUGUGAUCAGCCCUAACACAACAACCCCAUCACCAACAGCCGCAGGAAACAAUCUAACCACAGCAGCACCAUCUAACAACGCAACCACAGCAGCACCAUCUAACAACGCGACCACGGCAGCACCAUCUAUCAACGCAACACCAGCGGGACCGUCAAUAACCAUCAUACCCCAACUUGUUGCACCUGUUUCCCAAGAAGAAUGUGGUUCCACCAAGCUCUGUGUAGCUGAACCGUCAGAGUGUGAUCCCUCUACAGGGGCCAAUUGCUUUUUCCUGUCUGCCAGGCGACAAAGCGGCCAAAAUUUUGACUUUGAGCUCUCAGGACAAACUAGAGGCUACAUUGCUGCUGGCGUCUCAAAUGCUGCAAGUCAGGCUGGCAGUCACAGAGCCUACAUCUGUGUAAACAACAACGGUGCUGUCGGAUACCUAACUGGUACCAUUGAUAAUUCAGUGCUUAAUAGGACAAAGGUGAGUUAUGCGCUUCACAGGAAGAGUUGGUGGGAAGGGGUGCCUUAGUCAGUUUUUAUGACCCAAGGUCUCUAUGAACAUUUGAGAACUGAUUCAUGUCAUCAUAGUUUUACUUCAUUAAACUGUUUCUCUCUACAGAAAUUGGACUCAAGCAAUCAGCGGGGCAGAGUCAACAAUGGCAAAAUCCAGUGUACAUUUACAGCUGCACUACCAGACACACCUUCCCGAGCAAGCACCCAAUACUCGUUAUCAAUUACAACUGGAUCUUACAAUGCCAGUUCUGAGAUGUUUGGAAGAGCGGAUUUCAAAGUUCUGACACCUCUUGUAAACAUUUCUGAUCCUGCUGCUAACAUCUCCAAUUUGCUGGCCAAUGACACCUCUGCUUCCUCUGCUGUUCUGGUCACACCCACAAAGUCAUUCCUGCCAGCUCUGCUGGUUACCGUGUGUAUGCUGGCUUUCACCGUAAUGUGAAGAAACCAUCAUCAGCAUAUUUUGUAAUGACUUUUCAUUUGGAAAUUUAAGAGAAUUUGUUGGCAAAUGUUUUACAUGUUUUACUCCCGAACCAUUGCUGUGAAUCAAAAUACAUUCUUUGAAUUA